UGGGGUUUUGUUAAACGGCUGAAAUUCACUUGUUCUUUAACAGAGAUUGUGCUAACAUUGGGCAGCACCCGUGGCUCAGGUGGUAGAGCUGUUGCCUCUGAGCAAGAAGGUUGCUGGAUUGAACCCUGAUCCGGGGACAUUUCUGGAUUGCUGGCUGAUUAAGGAGAGCAGUGAGACCAUGUGGAAGUCACAUGAUGGACGAGGAUGAGGCAUAAACAAGAGGGCAGAUUGACUGGAGAGCCUCCUCAACACACACUGUGCCACCAGGAGGGAAGGGGGGGAUUUCCUGCUUGUACAAAGGUCCCACACAAGCAUACCCCUGUGACCUCCCCCCGUUCCUUCUCCCUCAGCAUCUGUUAAGAUGAACAGCACUACUACUCAACCCCCUCCCUUUAUUGAUGGGAGUAAGACAGUCGGCUAUGUGCUGGUGCCGUUCAUGCUCAUAACUUUUGCAGGAAUCGUUGCAGCCGUGGUCAUGUACAUUCGCAGGAAAAGGAGGAUUGAUAGACUUCGUCAUCAGCUGUUACCGGUUUACUCAUACGAUCCUUCAGAGGAGCUGAAUGAGGCCGAGCAGGAAAUGCUGUGGAGGGAGGAGGACACGAGGAUCGUACAGGGCUGGGCAAGAAGUUUCCAACAGCGACGCCCUCUUCUAACCAAAGACAUUGACGCAUGAUGGCACUAAAACCCUGGCAAAGAAAAAGAAAACAUUGCAGAAAGAAGACAACCGUUACUGAUACAGAUUAGUCAUAUUUUAACUAAAAUUUAUGACUUUAUUUUUCUUUUUUUUUUGCUCCCGUUGAUGUUACCAGUGGCAGUGAGCCUGUCUUGUCCCUGUGCUACACACAGAUUAAACAAUCAUUUCUAAAGUUCUGAAGCUAAUCCUGCUUGCUGAAGAAGAGCAGAACCAUAGACUUAUUUAUUUGAAGGUUAUUUAUUCAAAAAUGUAUUUUUUAUUGUGGUAUUUGACAUUAACACCUGGAAGGCAAGAAGAUAUGAGCUGUUGUUUACAUUCUUGAUGUUGUUGUGGGCAACGUGCGGCGGGCAGCUCAGUUCCUGUGGUUUGCAGUAGGCACUCGCAUUGAUUAUAACUCGGCGCGUGCUUCCAGUGCGGUAAUGUUGUGCACUAGUUAAAAAUCAGCUCUCGUGCCUGGAUUAUGCACAGGUUUGCUUGCAGAGUGUUUGAAAAGCAUUUAAAUAACAAUUAAGCGAUAAAGUGAGAAUUAGCUGCCAGGAUCUGAUAGGUUUAUUUAUUUCAGUUUCAUUCUGAGUCAAAAAAAAAAAAAAAAAAAAACUUGAACAGAUGCUCUUUCCUUUUAGGUUGCGUGCAAGUUUAAAAUGAACUGCACAUUUUUGUUUUCGUUUGUGGUUUUGCCAAAUCCUGUGACUCUUAACAAUGGCAUGAAAUAAAAAAAGGAGUAAAUAUCAACUUCCCCCGAACUCUUAAAUGAGUUGUGACUCGAGCCCGAAAUAUGUUGUCUUCAAGGCAUGACACCAGUAAAAUUACUUCUGACUGAAAGAAAUCUGUUCAAGUCAAUGCCAUAGGUCUGACUGUGUCGAGCUCUCAGGUAAUUUUUAUUUUAUUUUAUUUUAAUCAGAAACUCCAUUUGCCUCGCAGUCGUUGAAUGUAAACAUGAACUGUUUAACUUUCUGUAUUUUAGAGCAUUUGUCUAUAUUUCAUGAUCAUUUCUGCACAUGAAGCAAACUCUUUCCUAUAUUCCUACAAAUUGAAUCCAGUUUAGAAAGCUUAGAAAUUUGAUGCACAGUUUAAGCUUUACAAAUGUUUGACUGGAAUGUUUUUGAAGGCUCCAGUUUUUGGUAGCACUUGAAGUCAAUAAACUACUGAUGUGUGUAUUAUCAGAACUGUUAAUUACAUGUGAAAUGCACUGUCAUUGCUUUAGAUUUGGUUAUGCUGUUGCUUGAAACAAUGAAGAAAAUAAAGAAAAACAAUUUGUCUUUGCAAUUAUUCAAAAAGUAAAGACUUAAA